UCCAAGUUGAGCACUUGAAACGGCUUAUUGAAUUCGAGCUAGCACUGAGUAAAUUGGUCAAUCAAGUGGCCACAUACAAUCAAGAGACAAAUCAAGGAUGGACCAAGGAUGACGCGACGCGCGCUAGGAACAACAUCAUAAAAUGAUCGCUGCUAGGAGGCGCAGAGAACGUCGCAGAUCGCUCCUGCUGGAGAUGGCAGCGCGAGGCGAGUGGGCCGUGCGCGCCGCAGAAGAGAAGACCGGCAUUGGAAAACUCGCAAUGCACGUGUUGGCCGUUGCCGCCACCUUCGCCCUAAUCCCUUUCCUUCUCAUCUCGGCAAUAGGCGUGGCCGUGUUCCGUAGACUGCUGCGCUGGCUGAUGGCUCAGUUCUUCCCUGAUCUGGAGAUGGACCUCAGCCCGUCAGUUCGCGCGGCCUCAGACACCAUGCGCAACCAGGCCAUGGUGGCGGUGCUCGCACACUUCAGAGGCGCCUGCGACCUUGACUUCGCCAAAGGGAAGAUUCUGGAGGAAGUAGUUGAACGCAGGGACAAAGAUGGCAAGCAGCUCUUUCCCAAAUUGAAGACAGUGCUGACGAUCAAGUGGCACAUGUACAUGUGGCUUCACAAACCCGAAGCGUUUCACAUCGACAACCAUGUCGUGCUUGGCAGCAGACACUUUAGAGGACGACCUCUGUCGGAAGGAAACAUCCAGGAUUACGUGAGUGACAUCGUGUCAAAGGGCAUGCCGCCGAACGCACCACCGUGGCAGGUGGUGCUGAUUCCUGUGUCUGGCGGUGCUAACUCACCGUCGUUUUAUGCGCUACUGCGGCUGCACCACCUUCUGGCCAACGAGAACGCCGCCUUACGUGACCUGCUGGCCGGCGACUGGGGCUGGGGCGACCGACCCGUCGUGCCCCGCGCGCACGCCACUGCAUCCAUUUUUAACGCGACAGCCACCUCGCUCCGCUCCGCAUGGCAACGAAUGCGUGCGGAAAAAGAUCCCGUGGCGGGAAACAAGUCACUGCACAUGCCGCUAUUGGAUACAUUAGCUGUAGUGUUGCUCAUCAUAGUCACCGAUUCAGUUUAUGCUGUACUGAAGACCGAGCCAUGGAUUAACCUUCACCAGCCAAAAGUUUGGCUCCAUUCACUCAGGGUGCAGGCGGACAGGAGGGAUCUAACCCUCAGAAAAUUUUUAAAUUUGACAUUUCAAGCGUGUUUCCCGACGCACUUGUUGGUCGUCGGUGUUCGUCUCCUGUUUGCAUCAGUCCGACUGUUCCUCCAGGGUCCACUUUUACUGCUUCAACUCUUUCGAGACCAAAAAUCGAAUGUCUUUGGCGAUUUCAUCAGGGAGGCUCUGUUCUGGAUGAGGGUAGCCUUUGAGGCACCGCUCGUUGUUCUGAAGGAGCUUUUCGCCAACGUGCGGAAGCCAGCACGGGCUCACCAGUCCCUCUGCGGUCGAAAAUUGGUCUCCUGGUCUGAGCCGGUGUCGUAUCAACUGGUGGAACGGGUCGCCCUGGCAUCAGACAGUACGCCCGCCGAGGUCCUCUUGGCAUCGGCGGUGAAUGCUCUGCGUGAUUACUUCCACCGUCAAGGCUUGAUGGCGCCCUGUACCAGCGUGCAGCCACCUGGCGCGUCAGGGGUUUUCGUCUUACCACCGCCGUUAGCUGCACAGAGCGGACUCACGUCUCUAAGGGAGGUCAAGCGCCACGUAGAGGCCACCAGACGACAGCCUGCGCUUGUGAUCGCCAGUGCAUGGUUCAAAAAGUACCUGACUACCUUUAUGCCCUCGCCAUUGGUUACGGUGGCUUUGAAUUGUUUGACUAGAAGGUACGCUGCCACCAUCAUGACAUGCGCCCCCGAAGUCUUGCGCUCAGGACAAGCCAGCCUUUGGGGCUAUAGAAUGGAUAACGUCUUGUUGUGGCGGCCGCCGCAAGCAAACAUAAGUAAAUGUCGCGCAAAUAUCAAGGAACUUAUGAUCUCAGCGGGCGUUUCUCUGUGCGUGGUGCGUUCGGGUGAAAGUGUGCGCCUGGCCAUGAUGGCCGACCAGGGCACGUGGCCGCACCAGGCUGCCCUGCCGGCAUCGUUCCUCGCACACCUCAAGGAGAUGGCCGCGUCGCUGCGCGUGCAGUCGCGAAACUCGACGCCCAGGAACUCGCCACCGCCCGCGCCCGCUACCAUUCCCGCCCUGCUUCGCCUCGAGGAGGAAAGCUUGGUCGACUGAUCCCCUCUCACUACCCUAGUGCAAUAUCAGCGCUUUACACCCCUUCGUGAUUGCGAUUCAGAGUCAAGAGAAUUUGGUGUUUUUGUCCUAUAUGAGCUUCCAUGAGAAUUUAUUCUUGGUUUUUUGAGAAUCCGCCUUUUAGGGGACUGCACGAUUUUUGUUUUUUUGGUUAGAGAAGACUAACUGGAGUGAUUUCAAAUUUCACAAAUAAAAAUGAAGAUAUGAUCAGAAUUUCUUGGAAAUAAAAAUUGCUUCUUGGAGUACUUAAUUAAACAAUAUACAUUUUUUUAGCUUGUUUCGCUGCUUUUUGAAACAAAACUUAAUCAAUACUGUUAUGAGUUACCCAAAAGGCGGAGAUUAUAAUUUAAUCACCUCUCACCUUCUUGUUAAGUUCCUAUUAUUGUACUAUUUUUCUUUGAUAAAACGGUUUUUAUAGAA